CUAGUGUUUAUAUGUGGGUACGCAUGACGUAAGACUACUAUUGAAACUACGAUCGACAGCGGUGGUGGGGCCGGCUGAGUACAGUUCUCAGUCUGUUCCUAUAUUCGAAAGAGUUUGCGUUGUGUCUCUGCGUAUCUGUUCGUUCAUCGCUGCUUUUUUUUCAAGAAUGGCACGUGCCACGAAACACAUCACAAAACAAAUAAACAAGUAUGUCGAAAGUGCAAACAAAUGCUAGUGCCAUACCCGAUGAAAAGUUCCGCCGCACAAUGUUGGUAAUCACACCGGUGCCUAUAUCACAACCGAUAUUUUCAGUAUAUUAUUUUUAAACAUACGUUGGUGUCUGCACUAAAUUUAAAUCGUACACGCGAAACGUAGAGAAAUCAAUUUUCAAAAUGUCACCACGUUAACUUUCGACGACGGUUCGUUUUUUGGAAAAAUAUAACUGGAGAAAAUGGAAAGCGCGGUAAUGGCACCGGGAAGUACCCGUUUGAAAGUACGCGGGAAAAGCAACGUCGGACGCAAUUCGAUUACACGUCUUUUAACCCGCAACCAUAACAUUAAUAACAAAAAUAACCGCAACGGGGCUGCUAGACCCAAUUCGUUAAGGAACAAUUCAAACCAGAGACAUUUAAAUUUUAACAAGGGUUCGCGGUGUAGUAAUCAGGGUGUAGAUAACGCGGCGUACGCAAUUAAUAUCAACAUCAACAAUGGCAACGAUACCAGUGAUUCCAAAAUUAUUUUCUCAGGGAAUUUUACAAGAGAGGUUUACAAUGCAAUUUGCCCUCGGUUAGGACACACCCUCCAUAUUCCCGAAGAUUCCGUGCAGGCCCUAUUUAAUGAUAUGAAACUAUAUCCGUCUAAAGAUCAAGUGUCAGAAAUGUUAAAGUGUGCCAGACAGUGUGGACGACGAAAUGGGUCAUCUAAAUACAUCACCUUUGGAGAGUUUUGUGUCUUUGUUAAAGAAAUGAAAAAUCAAAAUUCCAAGCAGCACCGUAAAAUACAAGCUACCAAAACCAACAACAAGUGUGUAAACAACUGCGAAGUAUUCUUAGGGGGGUCGUGUAAUCCAACAACGUGGAGAGCUGAUACUGCAAUUCCAGAACUACAAAAAUAUGGUAUUACAUUCUACAAUCCGCAAGUUUCGAUGUGGGUACCAGAACUAGUGGCGCAAGAACACGACGCAAAGCAAGCAGCAUCUGUAUUGUUAUAUGUAGUAGACAGUCAAACAAGAAGUACGGUCGGCAUGAUAGAAGUAGCUUAUUUAGUAGCGUCAGGUCGGUGUGUCAUCGUAGUUGCUCAUUCUUAUAGACCUGGUCAAAGUAUUAUGGGAGAAACAAUCACAGCAAGAGAGUAUAGAGAUUUGGUAGAGGGCCAAACAACGCUUCUAACGUUAGUUCGAAGUAAGGGUAUUGAAGUCCACAAGAAUUUACCAUCAGCACUGCAAUGUACAGCGAAAAUUUUAAGAAAUGUUAGCAAUGAUAUGACUCCUGAGGAACAAUUAACGAGUAAGCUCAGAAAGUUGCGCGAAGUUUUUGACUCCUAUGGAGGUCAGAACGGCGAGAUCGAGAAAUUUGGUUUUCUGAAAGCUUUCCACCAGUUAACUCAACGUGAACUAACAACGAACGAAAUGUACGAAUAUUUGAAUUUUUCCAAUAAUCAGAGUAUAACGUUCGAACGAUUCUGCAUGCUGAUGGCCGAAAUCACCAGCGACAACUGUGAUAUGAGCACAACAAAUGGAUGGGUCAGUCAACCAUUUCAACGUCAGUGUUCGACCAACAACAACACCUGCAACAUUGACAACUCUCUUAUAAAUGGGACGAUGGAAGAACCCGUCAACAUUACCUCUUUUAAGAAAAAUUCGUACGACGUGUUUCUUGGUGGGACUCAGAGUUCGCAGUGGCGGGAAAAUAUAGCAAUACCGAUUCUCAAUCAACAAAAUUUAAGUUAUCCAAAUUCCACGAACGGUUACGAAAUCUUAGACAAUAAAAUCGUGACGGAUUAUGAUGUCUUACAGUGGAAGCAAAUGAUGGACAAUUCUAAAGUGAUAUUGUUUGUCAUCACGAAUGAUUCGAGAUCUUUGACGACCAUGAUCUUAGCAGCUCAUUAUAUUGCUAUUGGCAAGAAUAUGGUUUUAUGUGUCCAGCAAUUGCCGGAAGAGAAUUGUCACGUAGGCAACGAAACUCUCUCAGAACAAGCCAUAAAGGACUACAACAGAGGGAGAGUGUAUGUGGUAGACAUGGCGAAACGUAAACAAAUUCCAGUAUUUGAAGACAUCAGAGAAGCUGUGCAAUGUGUAGUAAGCAAAGUUCAGAGCAGAUAGAUAGCAGAUACCUCACACUUAGGCUCUUUUAUAUAUAAUUGGAAUUUUCAUUUCAUGACACAGGAAAUUAUCAUUUGCUCUCUUAAAAUUUCGCAAGGCAGCUAGCUCUCUUCCUGUUAAAGCAGCUCGUUUCAGGUGAAAUGAAAUUUAUGAGGAGAUAGAUACGCUUUUAAAUUUUUAAUUAUUUAUUAUGAACGUGUUUUAAUAGAAAUAAUUCUGUAAGCGAUUUUUUGUUUUUUCGUUGUUAUUGGUCACUUUUUUGGUGCAAUUUUUUUAUUCGUUUGAUCAUUGUAAUCUAACUUUGUGGGCGGUCAACGUCUUGGUUGAUGCCACUUAAAAUAAUUUUAGGUGUAAAUUGGAAUAAUUUUAUUAACGAAAACAAGAUGUUCACGUGUUGUGAUGUGAUUACCAUCACAGUGUACUUGUUCACAUUUAACAGCUAUACUUAGAGUGUACAGUGUAUAAAGUAGUAUAGUUCAAUUGUUAAGGAUAAGGGUAGCUACAUUUCGCACCAAAUGUUUUCACUAAGGGUAGAUGUGAGUCAAGUUCCUCUCUCUCAAACAUGUAAAUACGGCUGCUACUUAAGUAUACUAAGGAAUGUAUUUAAAAAGUAUAGUUGUUAAAUCCACGUUAAACGAUGAUAUUAUUAAACAUCACUCCAGCUAAAAUACCUACUUCACAUUUUUUUUCGUUAGUAUGUAGGUUAUUAAUUAAACUUUAUACAAAAUUAAUUGUACAGUAGAGUAAUUUAUUAUACAUUAUGUUUUUAAUAUUAUAAUAUAUUGAUUAUGUUAUUUGUUAUGUGCAAUCUAAGGUUGAGUCAAGCUGGUGUUUUAAGUACUUAAAGAGUGGUUGCUGCAAAUCCAGUUAGUUAUUUUAUGCAUUUAAAUCAUAUGAUGUGGAAGCGUCAAGUAAAUGUGAUCAAGCCGUCGUAAAUUUAUAUAUAUAUUCUCACAUUUGCUUGACUCAUUCAUUGUCUAACCAGCUUUGGAAAGGUAGGAAUUAUUAUAGUACAACAUGUGAAGUUUUCUUACUGUCUAUGACAUGUGAUUUAAUUGAUGACAAGGUAGCCAUGGCAGAGUAACAACAGUAUUUAAGGGUGUGUCAUGCAUUUUAAGCUGAUAAGUUUUGUGCAGUAUGUGAUUCCGAGAGCACCUCUUUCUUUAUAGUUGUUGGAAAUUGAGCGUUGUAACAAAGGGUGUUUUCGGUAUCCGUCUAGCUAUUGUUUGAAAGAUUGUUAAAACUGCCGAAGUUUACACAUACAUGGGAACGAAGUGGAGAUAGCUCCUUAGGCAUGUAUAGUACCUGACAAAUUUUAUGAAGAAGGAAAUUAUAUAAAUAUUUUUAUAAUAACUGAAUCUCAUCUACUAAUAUAACGACCUUAUCCUUUUGUUAACGUCGUAGGAGUUAGUUAUACAGUCUGCCAUUUUACUGUAAAUUCUGUGGCCUUUUUUCAUCACAUUAUACAGUAAAUUUGAGCAGCAUUUUCCUUACAUUCAGUGUAGUUCAACGAGUAGUUAACAACCGAAAUUUAACUGUAGCUAACCGUAUAAUAGCACUUCUUGUAUUUAUUAUUUUUUUAAUGUCUAAUAAAAUUUGUUAAAAAAUUA